AUGUUCGAAAAACAGUUGCGCCAGGUUAAAAGCACCGUUUACCUGACCGGGAAGCAAAGUGACAAGACCAGGAGACGGAUGGUAGACCUCCUCGCGCCGGCGAGGCGUGAAGUUGUAGCCACUACCGCAAACACCUCCACUUUCUCCUCCAGACCGUCAUCCUACCGCUCGGACUCCACUGCCGUCGUUGACGCUCUCGAGAGCGCCCAUGUCCUUGGCAGACCGGAGCUCCCAACAGGGCAGGCCAGCAUGGACGAGUAUCUGGGAUUGCUCAAGGAAGACCCGGAGAGCAGUUCUGCGUUUGCACCGGAGAGCGGUCCGGACAACGACAGCGAAGAUUUCCUGGAUUACUCAAAGACAGAGUCGCGGCUGGACAAUGACCAACGCAUAUGCAAAAUGGAUCUCAUGGAGGCUGACCUGUCCGUUGUCGACAGCAACCUGCGCAAGGGCUCUUCCACACCCGAGACGCAUAACCCUACUGACAUCUACCUUGGAGCUAGCCGCUCGUUCAACAAGAGCACAUGGCUGGUGCUGUAUUCCGGCGCGAACGCCAAGGUCGAGCAGGCGGUUAUAGCCGCGAGCAACAGGUUGAACGUUUCCUGGCGGAAGGAGUACUUCAACAAGUGGUGA